UGACCUGUUAACAAAAUGUACGCUGACAACAGUGUAUUAUCAAUCCAGAGCUCAGUCGUCUGGGGAUAUGUCGGCAACAAAAGUGCGACAUUUCCGCUGCAGUAUGGUGUGACGUACGAAGAUGUCUGCCAGUGAUUGCGGUGUCCUGUCAUUCUGUCCUUCAGUAGUUUAUGGCAAUUUGUGGAGUACAUGCUCAACAUUUCUGUUGCAGCUGCUGGGCUUUGACGUGAGCAAUAUCAACUCGGUGCAGUUUUCAAAUCAUACAAGUUAUAAGGUGUUCCGAGGUCAAGUGUUGGAUGAUAAGGACGUGAGUGAGCUGUAUGAUGGUUUGAAGUCAAACAACCUUCUUGAUUUUUCUCACAUUCUAACAGGUUAUGUUGGCUCAAAAUCAUUUUUGGAAAAAGUUGCAGAAAUCAUUAAAGACAUAAGGAGUUGCAACCCAAACCUUGUAUAUGUAUGUGAUCCUGUAAUGGGGGACAAUGGUAAAAUGUAUGUUCCUGAAGAUCUGCUUCCUGUGUACAGAGAUCUGAUUAUUCCACUGGCUGAUAUCAUUACACCAAACCAGUUUGAGCUGGAAUUGGUAACCGGUAUAACAGUGAAGAGUGCACAAGAUGCUAUUAAAGGUAUUGACAUACUUCAUGGAAAAGGUGUGAAGACGGUUGUUCUCAGCAGUGGACUUCUAGCAGAUGAUGGAAAGCUAAUGUGCAUUGCCAGCACAGAUAAUGGGAGUUCAAAAGAGAGAUAUAAGAUUGAGAUACCAUAUCUUCCUGAAAAAUUUGUUGGAACAGGUGACCUGUUUGCAGCAGCCAUGUUGGCGUGGAUGCAUAAAGAUAAGAAUUUAAAGUUAGCUUUUGAGAAGACGUUAGCAGUGGUACAAGCAGUGAUUAAACGAACAGUGGAACAUGCAAAAGAUGCAGCUAGAAAUGGCAAGCCAUCCACGCCAGCUCACAUGGAACUGAGAUUGAUUCAGAGCAAAUCAGACAUUGAGAAUCCCAACAUUACAUACACUGCAGUUCCAAUCUCUUGACCUCGGUAGAUUGCCGGUAUUCACCGACACGUUAGAACUGUAUAACCAGAUUUGACAGCACAUUCCUUACAGUUUUAGUCAUAGCCAGCAAGAAUGGAAAACACCAAAACAUUAGCUGAAUAAUUGAAAAAAACUUUUCUCUUCUUCUUUUUAGGCAAGGGACCAUUUGACUGUUAUCUGAUUAAUUGCCAUGCUCUGUUGAGUAAGAUGGUUCAUGAGUUAAGUACAAGGACAGUAAAGGACAGUAAAUGGUCUAAAUAUUUGUGAAAAUUAUUAAUACCUCCUGACACACAAUUCUUGUUUUAGAUUUAUUAAUUUUGUAAAACACAAGGCAAAUAUAUUUUAAUAAGAUAUCUAUCUCCCUUUUUACAUUACAAAGCAGCACAAAGUAUUUGUGCUAAUCAGAAUUGAUAUAAUAUGAAAGAAAAUAAUACACAGUACUGUAAAAUACUUUAUUUUCAUGUGGAAUUUAUUUUAGCGUGUGAAUAAAAUUCGUGAAAAUAAAUUCCAGGUGAAAAUAAAGGCUGACGAAAAUUGGACUAAAAUAAAAAGAAUGAGGUCUCAUUCAACCAGACAUCAUUAGUUUCCGCUGUUCGAGGCUGUUAGUAACAACAAGACAUAAAAAUUUGAAUUAAAAAAAGCGAUGUAUAAGUACAUAUAUAUAUAUAUCAUAUAUGAUAAUAAACAAUAUUAACACUAAAACAGUUUGUAUGAUUUUCUUUUUUAAGUGCUGGUGAUCAGUCCCAUCAGAUAAAAGCCUCACACGUGUUAAACAAUGAAAGUUAACGUGCUUUGUCACAGUAUGUUAAAAAUGUGGAAAUGUAAAAAAUCCGGCCUGGACUUGUACAGUAAUACUACUCAGGUUUCAUCUUUACCCUAAAGACUUUGUAAUUCAUGCAGUUUUACCCAAUAGUUGAUGUAUUUUUCGUGCUGGGGUGUCAUUAAAAAUCUAUUCUAAUCUAAUCAUGGAGUUUUAAGGUCGACGACUGAUACUUUCCACACCAUUAUUUUGGCUUUGGACACAAAUAUAACCUAUCCAUUGAAUAUUUUGGUAUAUAUAUUACUAAACCAGACAUUGAACAAACCAGAAUUCUGUCAGUCCUGAACUUUUAAAAUUCUAAAACACUACCCUCUAAACAUGGGAUCCUGUCUAAAUGAGAUAAAUAUAAAUAGGUCCCAGAAUUCUGGCAUGAUCCAGUUUAGACGAGUUUCACGGUAUACAUAUAUUUGACAAAUGGUCAGUCUUUGAAUGUUUAUCUCCCUGUAAUAAACAUGAAACUUUUUUCAGAAUGCUGGAAAAUGUUCAAUCCAAAAUUAUUACUGAACACUUUUUAUUCGAAGAUUACUACAGUAAUAAAACAGUAACUACAAACCGUGUUUGUAGAAAAUAGUGUAAUUAAAACAAUUGUACCAUUUACAAAAUAUGGUCAUGAAAUUUGCUAGGAUAUUUUGUAUUUGUUGUGUACUCUAUUUAUAUCAUGCCAUCUAAAGUGACUAUUUAUUUUUGUAAAAUCUAGUUCUAUAGUCAUAAGAAUUUACUUUCUGAUUAGGUUAUACAAAUGUACAUGCCUUGGUAGUAAUAAACACUUUUCUGGUUUAUUUGCACUUAAGAGUAUGUUUUAUGCAUUUUGUCAAAUAUAUUUUUUAUGAGAUGUUUGAAAAUCGUGUUUUUUUUAAGUGUAAAGUAAGUGAAUUUAUGUUUUUCACACCAAGUUUUAAAGAUUGAUCUGGAAAUCAUAUAUGACUGCAAAAAAAUAAACAAAAAAGAUGCACAGAAAAAAAAAGUAAGCAUGAAAUCUGAUUUCUUAAGGUGUCUUCUAAUACAAAUCGGAACUAGUUUUAGUUUCUUGAUGUGUUUUUAAUAGUGACUAUAUUGGCAGCUGCAUGUGCAAUUUGUAGGUGACUCCAGGAGCCAAGUACUCCCCAAGAAUCACACUCGAUUCUCCACUGUUUAUAGUGUAUUUUUGAAAUAAUAGUGAAUAAAGAGGUAGUAAAACUCAG